AAAUUUUAUAUGAGGAGGAGAAUAUUGAAAUUAAUUCCUUUGUUUUUGUUUGCUUGUAAGGGUAUUAGAAGCAGCUGCAAGUUGUAGAGUGAUCUAACAGAGGAAUAGAAGAAGGGGAUAAUUUAGACAGCUUAAAUGCUAGAUUAUAACAAUACUUAAUUAAUCACCUAUACAAGUUUUAAGAAACCAAAAGAGGGAGAAUUAAUGCCAUUUGUGAUAUAGAAUGGAGAUGAAGAUUAUUAGAUAAUAUUAACAAGAUAUGAAGGGAAAAUAUAUGCAUUAGGUAGUUUAUGUCCAUAUGAUCUGGAAACAGAUUUAUCAGAAGGAAUAUGUUUUGGUGAUAAAUUAUAUUGUCCAAAACAUGGUUGUUAAUUUGAUAUAACAAAUGGUAUGGUAGAAGGACCUCCAUCAAUAGAUAAUUUGCCAAAGUUUGGAGUAAAAGAGAAUGAGGAUUCAAUUGAAGUAUAUGCUCCUUUGGUAGUACCGAAAAAGAUAGUUCCAUAAUAUCAUUUCAGAGAUUAUAAUGAUUAAAGAAAAGUAGUAAUUUAUGGAGGUGGAGCAGCUGCAUUUGCAUGUUUGACAACAUUACGAGAAUUUGGUUAUACUGGAGAGAUAUCAUAUAUAACAAAUGAAAAUUAUAUGCCAUAUGAUAGAUUAAUGAUGAGUAAAAGAAUUAAAGCUACAAAACCAGAAGAUUUCUUUUUUAGAAAAGAUAAAUGGUAUUAAGCUAUUGCUAUAGAUACUCAUUUAGGAAGAAGAAUUUCUUAUAUUAAUAAUAAAUAUAAUAAUACCUAUGUAGAAUUAGAUGAUAGUAAUAAAAUCGCUUAUGAUACUAUAUUGAUAGCAACUGGUACAGAUCCUGUACAUCCUACUAUUAAAGGAAUUGAAAAUCAACCAGUGUUUUAUUUCAAUUCUUUAGAUUCUCAUUAAUAAUUAAAAGAGAAAUUAAAAAAUAUUAAUGAUCUGGUAUUUUGAUCUUGUUUAUUAUAGUCUAUCAUAGGUAUUAAUACUAUGUCAUUAGAAGUGGCAUAAACUAUUCGUAAAGAAUAUCCAAACAUUAAAAUAAAUGUAAUUGAUCCAAAUGAAGAAAGUCAAUUCUAAGUUUAAUAUGGACCUGAACUUGCUAAUUUGGUUUUGGAUUUACAUGUUGAAAAAGGAAUUAAUGUAUAUGAAAACAUUAAAAUUAAAAAAAUUGAAAAAGAUUCAAUCAUAUUUAAAGGAAAGAAAAAACUUAAAUCUGAUGCUGUGAUCUUAUUUCCAAGUACUGUAGCACCAAAAACUGAAUUUGCAGAAGUUAGUGAUCAUUAAUUUGAAUUUGAUACAGCAGGAAGAGUCAAAGUUGAUUACUUUUAAAGAACUGAUAUUAAAAGAAUCUUUGCUGCAGGUAGUUGUGCUCAUACUUAUUAUUAUACUAAUGGUACAGGUCAUUUAGGUGAUUAAUGGUAAGCAUGCUACAAUUAAGGAAUGACUGCAGCUUAUAAUAUGUUAGCACUUAAUGUCCCUUGGCAUUAAAUACCUUUUACUUAUACUGAAUAAUUUGGAAAAGUAUUAUAAUAAACUAGUUCUUGGCCAUAAUUUGAUGAAGUUCAUAUUGAAGGAGAUUUAAAAAAAUGGGAUUUCAUUAUUUAUUAUGGUAUGAAUGACUUUGUUGUUGGUGCUGUUGGUACACCAUCUAAACAAAACAGAGUUGCUAUUGUUAAUGAAGGAAUAAGAUGUAAAAAUCUACCAUUUAUGUCUGAUCUUAAAAAUGGAAAAUAUUCAACCAAAGAUAUUGAAACUGCAGUUAGAGUAUAUAUCUUAUCUAUUUUAGAAAAUCAAAAAAUCAGGAUGUUACAAAAAUACAUUAUACAAAUUUAGAUAUGAUAUAGUCCCUGAAUAUAAUCUAUGGACUUUCAGAGAUAAUAUGUCAACAUUCUAUUUCCCCUAUGAUAAUGCUGAAAUCUCAGCUGCACCUAAAAUGAAAGGAGAUGAAUGAUAUCAAUCUAUAAAUAUUAUCC